AUGAAAGACACAAAUAUUGUGGGAUUUGGCGAUCCGAAUCAAAUAAGUGAUGAUGAUGAAGAAAACGAAAUUACUAAUAUGAAAAGGAAAGCAUGUAAAAAAUCAGGUGGAUUUCAAUCUAUGGCUCUUAGUUUCCCUGUAUUAAAAGGUAUAUUAAAACGCGGAUAUAAAAUACCAACACCUAUACAAAGAAAAACAAUUCCUUUAGCUUUAGAAGGUCGUGAUGUAGUGGCAAUGGCUAGAACAGGUAGUGGAAAAACUGCUUGUUUUUUAAUUCCUUUAUUUGAAAAACUUAAAGCUAGGCAAGCAAAAGCUGGUGCAAGAGCUUUAAUUUUAUCACCUACACGUGAAUUAGCAUUACAAACAUUAAAGUUUGUAAAAGAAAUAGGCAAAUUCACAGGCCUAAAAGCAGCUGUAAUUUUGGGAGGAGAUAGUAUGGAAAAUCAAUUUAAUGCAAUUCAUGGAAAUCCUGAUAUAUUAGUAGCUACACCAGGAAGAUUUCUACAUAUAUGCAUUGAGAUGGAUUUACAAUUAAAUAAUAUUGAAUAUGUGGUUUUUGAUGAAGCUGAUAGAUUAUUUGAGAUGGGUUUUGGUGAACAAAUUACUGAAAUUGCAAAUAGAUUACCUGAAUCGCGACAAACAUUAUUGUUUUCUGCAACAUUACCUAAAAUUUUAGUAGAUUUUGCAAGGGCUGGAUUAACUGAUCCCGUUUUAUUACGUUUAGAUGUAGAAAGUAAAAUACCAGAACAAUUAACACUUUCAUUUAUAGUAUGUCGUGCAGAAGAAAAACUGGCAGUAAUGUUAUGUUUGUUAAAAAACGUUAUUAAAAGUGAUGCUCAAACGGUAAUAUUUGCUGCAACAAUGCAUCAUGUUGAAUAUAUUCAUCAGGUAUUAGAGAUGGCAGGAAUUUGUAACACGUUUAUCUAUUCCAAUUUGGAUCCAGCAGCCCGAAAAAUAAAUGCAGCUAAAUUUCAAUCUGGAAAAGCUAGAGUUCUAGUAGUAACAGAUGUUGCUGCUCGAGGUCUAGAUAUUCCACAUCUGGAUAAUGUAAUUAAUUUUAACUUUCCUGCAAAAUCAAAGCUCUUUGUACAUAGAGUAGGUCGUUGUGCGCGAGCAGGUCGCUCUGGAACUGCGUAUAAUAUCGUGGCUCCAGAUGAAUAUGCUUAUUUGGUAGAUUUACAUCUUUUCCUUGGUCGUUCAUUGCGUAUUAUUCCUCUUUCUGGGUCAUUAGAGAAUACAGAUGGUGCUAUUGGUAAAAUGCCACAAGCUAUGAUAGAAGAAGAGCUUGCGGAAUUAAUAAAUUGGCACAAUUGUUCCGCUGAUCUCAAAAAUAUGGAAAAAGUUUGUGAUAAUGCAUAUAAACAAUAUAUUCGAUCACGACCUGCACCUUCUUCGGACAGUAUAAAGAGGGUUAAAGAGUUAAACAUUGGCAAAGCAGGUGUUAUACCAGAAUAUUCAGAUAUUUCUUCUAAUACUAGGAAUUUAUUAUCGAAAAUAUUAAAUUAUAAACCACAAGGGACGGUUUUUGAAAUUGGAGCAAAAACAUCAUCACUUGACUAUCAGGUUAUGAAAAAGAAACGUACGUUACAUAAAGAAAAUAUUACAAAUUUUCGUAGAAAAGCAGAAGAGGUAGAAGCUAGAAAAAAUUCAGAAGAUUUGGUUAAAAAAGUGAAUCUUCCAUCAAGUACAAAUGAUGAAAUUAAUGCAGUGUUUAAUACAAUUGUACUUCCAAAGAAAAGAAAACUAGAUGAUUUAUAUAAACCUUCUAAAAAAAAGAAACGAUUAGUAACACGCGACGAAGAAUUCUUUAUUCCAUAUUCUGCCCCAGAUAAACACACAGAAGAAGGUUUAGCUGUUAAUUCUUUCAACACGGAAGCGGAAAAAGUACAAAUGGACUUAACUGCAGAUAACGAAGAAUCUCAGCGACUUCAAACGCAAAUAAAAAAAUGGGAUCGCAAGAAAAAGAAAAUGGUUACCACCAAUAAGGAACGGAAAGUUAGUAAAAUACGAACAGAGUCUGGAGCUUGGUUACCUGUCAGUUACAAAUCAAACCGUUAUUCAGCCUGGAAAGAGAAAACCAAAAUAGAUGCUACAAAUGAUGAUAAUGAUAGUGAAGAAGAACCUUCACAAGUACAGAAACUGCACACAACGGCUAAUACACAUUGGGCACGGCACAAUCAAAAGAUAAAGGAAAAGAUUAUAAAGAAUAAAGAACUGAAACGUCCAGAAGAAAUUUUAAAGACACGUAAAUUGCUCGAACGAAGACGUAAAAGGAACGGUAGAGGAAAUCGAAAAGGUCAGAAGAAACGUGGAAAGAAACAUUAA